CUGAUGCAAAUAAUAUCCCACCCUCGCGGGGUGGCUACCAUCAUCCGUACCCUUCGCAAGGGUAUCAAAAUACAUACAAUUCUGCUCGCUCUAUUACAAGGCCAGUUCCUGGGCCCUCCUUUCGAGACCGUCAGCCAAGAGACUAUCAGCAAAGAGGUCGAGGAGGACGUAAGCGCCCUCAUUCCCCCGCGGGGCAGAGACAGAACAAGCGAAGGAGAUAUUGACUCGAUACAGUUCAGGGCCGGCCGUUUAGCAAAUUAUUACAAUAUGUGGAGAGGAAUGAAUGCUCCAGACUUCUUGUUGCGGAUAAUAAAAGGGUAUCGCAUACCCUUCAUACAAAAACCGCCUCUCCUUUAUCCGAGUCUUCAUCUGAGCAGCUACGAGUGCCCACACUCGACCGAAAUGACAGCUGUUAUCAAUCAAAUGAAGACUCAAGGUAUACUGGAAGUGGCAGAGCCCUCACCCAGUUUUCUUUCCACAAUUUUCCUUGUACCAAAGAGCGAUGGCACUGCUCGUCCUAUUUUCAACCUAAAGGCCCUGAACAGAUUCGUAUUGACAGAACGCUUCAGUUUAUUAAACGUUCAUCGCAUACCGGACUUUCUUCAACCAAGAGAUUGGUUGUGCAAAAUAGACCUGUCGCAGGCUUAUUUUCAUCUACCAGUUGCCCAAGCGCACAGAAGAUUCUUGCGUCUUAUCUACAGGCAAGAAUUACUGGAAAUGACCUGCUUGCCAUUCGGUUUGAGCACAGCGCCCAAGGUUUUUGCGUCAAUCACCAACUGGAUUGCUCAGACGCUGAGAAAGGAGGAUAUUCGAGUAGUUGUAUACCUCGACGACUUCUUGAUUGCCCACCAGGUCAAAGAGACUCUCGUCACCCACGUAAGCGUAGUCCUAACAAGACUAGAAUCACUGGGAUGGAUAGUCAACUACGAGAAAUCAGUCUUGAAACCUCAGAGAGGUCUGGUGUAUUUGGGCGUUUAUUGGGACCCGUGGUCCAAUCAGAAGUAUCUGCCGAAAGACAAAGUACCCAAGUUAAUCUCGCAGAUACGUCAAAUGUUAAACACCAACAAAACAAACCGGAAGGAGUUAGAGAAAUUGGUGGGACUCCUAAACUUUGCGAGUUUCGUGGUUCACUUGGGAAGGCUAAACUAUCGAGCCUUAUUAAAUCUCCUAAAUCGGAUACCAGAAGUUUCGAAAAGGACAUAUGCGAUACCUCAAGAUGCGAGGGACGAUCUAGUAUGGUGGAUGCACAAUUGUCUUUGCCCGUCUCCAAUUCAUGUGCCACCGGCGUCUCAUUUUCUGACAACCGACGCAUCAGAUCUUGCAUGGGGAGCGCAACUAGAUUAUCAGUCUCUCUGGGGUCUCUGGACGAGUGCGGAAAAAGAGUUGCACUGCAAUCAAAAGGAGAUGCUUGCCAUUCUAAACGUUUUGGAAGAUCGUUGUCAGUUCCUGUCUCACUCGACGGUCCUAGUUCAGAGCGACAACAAGACUGUUAUAGCUUACCUCCGCAAUCAGGGAGGAACAAGGUCAACUCCUCUCUUGCAGUUAACGUACAGAGUCUUCCAACUGCUGGAGCAGUAUCAGAUCCAUCUGAGCCUGUUUUACUUACCGGGGAGGUACAACAGUCACGCGGAUCAUCUAUCGAGAUUGCGUGCACCUCCGGAAUGGCAUCUUCUUCCAGAAUGCACGGAGCUAGUGUUUUCCAAGUGGGGAGUACCAGUAAUAGAUCUGUUUGCUUCGGCGAGAGCUCAUGUCGUAAUCAACUAUGUAUCGAUACAUCGAUAGACCAAAACGAUCACGAAGCCCUGUUUCACGACGCCUUUUCAAAGGUUUGGAAUUUCGAACUGGCGUGGAUUUUUCCACCCCCGUACUUGAUACCGAAGGUGCUGGCUCACCUAAACCAAGCUUCAGGAACAUUUCUGAUGAUAGUCCCUCGAUGGCACCGUGUUUUCUGGCGUGCGGAUCUCAAGGCUCGUGCCAUAGCCGCACCCUUUACUCUACAUCACCUAGACAAGGUCUUACUGGACGUGACCACGAAUCUUCCGCUCCCGAAUGUUCACGAGAUGACGCUAGAAGUCUGGAAGUGUGGGGGUGGUCGGAAAGUCUAACGGGCUGGAACUCUGAACAAAUUUCCCUUCUUCAGUCCUCUUGGCGCGCCUCUACACGCAAGACGUAUAAUACAGCUUGGAAGAAGUGGGUAGUUUGGUCGACGCAGCAUAAAGUAAAUACUACACAACCUUCGGGUGCAGAUGUUGCCAAGUACUUAUCUGACCUUUAUUUGAUUGACAAAUUAUCUUACAAGACAAUCCUGUUAUACAAAUCUGUAGUGUCGACUCUUUGUAAUACGGAGGCUGCGGAAAGAUUAAGUACUCAUGUCCCUGUUAAGCAUGUGUUAAAAUCCAUAGCAUUAAGAAAUCCAAUAGAUAAAAAACCUCCGAUUUGGAAUGUGGAAGUCCUGAUUGAUUAUCUUAGAAAAUCUAAAAUUAACCAUGACAAUAUUUUUGAGGUUUGCAGAAGAACUGCAUUGCUCCUCCUUCUCUGCUCUGGCAGAAGAAUACACGAUCUUACGUUGCUAAAUAUUGAUCGUAAUCACUGCGUAUUCUCGGAUGGUUCAAUAAUCUUUUGGCCUAUGUUCGGGUCUAAAACUGAUUGCGCGAAUUACAGACAAUCAGGGUGGAGAUUACUUGCUAAUGAGUCGUGUCAAAAUCUUGACCCUGUUUUUUGGUUUAAAAAAACAGUCUCACUAUUAAAAGGUAGAAGAGAAUCGGUGAAUUGUAAUAGCCUCUUUAUUUCUCUGAGAGGUGAUGUUAAAGUGGCAUCGCGUGCUCUGAUUGCUGGUUGGGUUAAAUCCGUGAUUAGGGAGGCAGGCAUAACGGCAACACCUGGAAGCAUUCGUGCUGCUGUAGCCUCUAAGAAUUGGGUGGAUAAUUGUUCUGUAGAAGAUAUUCUGUCACGAGGUAAUUGGCGCUCUGAAAACACGUUUAAAAAUUAUUACAGACGAGAGUUUAUGCCUGCGCCCUCCUCGAAUAAUCCAAUGAAUAUAUCAAAUUUGUUUGCAGCAGUUGAUUAG